CUGCUCUUCUCAUGCGUUACUUUAAUGGCACUUUACCAGUGUGCACAAGGCACCUGGCUGGAGAACUUCAAUGAGGCGGUGAAGGAUAUCAGCCAGGAGGAUCUGCACAAGGUGCGCCCAGACCUGAUGUGGCCAGAUACGUUCAAGCAUCCCCCUUUCCAGUGUCCAGACGUAGACAUGGGUCCCUCUCCCUCCGUGCCCACUACUGUGGACCGUGUGAAAGCAGGAGAUAUCAAGGUUAUCGCGGCAAUGGGUGAUUCCCUGACUAGUGGCAUUGCCGCCAAUGCAUCUACCAUUUUGGGAGUUCCAAUUGAAUAUCGCCAUGUCUCAUACAGCAUUGGAGGACAUGGGACAUUUCAAGAUGUUAUCACUCUCGCCAACCUUGUGAAGCUCUUCAACCCCAAUGUACUCGGCCCUGCCCCCACUUGGACCAUGAAUGGAUACCCUGCCACAGUAGAGGAGACAGGCUUCAAUGUGGCAGUGACCGGACAUAACAGCCUAAACUUUUCUGACCAGACGAGAAGUAUGAUUGACACCUUCAAAAACUAUUCAGCCAUGAACUUCAAGGAGGACUGGAAACUUGUCUCGGUGCUCAUUGGGAUGAAUGACAUCUGCGAUCACUGCAAAAACAAAACUCUCUUCUCUGUGGAUAACUUCAUAGGCCACAUGACAGAGUCCCUUCAGAUGAUGAUGGAUGAGGUACCCCGGAUGAUUGUGAACAUCGUGCAGAUUCUCAAAAUGGAUUCUCUGAGAGAGGUUACAUUGCCAACCCUUGGGUGCCAGUUGCAAAAAAGCUUCUGUUCCUGCCUGGUGUUACCUGAGGAAAACUCCACAGAGCUGGCCGAACUCAAAGACCUCAACCGAGAGUUUCAGGUGAGGCUGGAGAAACUGAUCCACAGUGGCCGCUUCCAGAAGGAUGACUUUGCCGUGGUCCUGCAGCCCUACCUCACCUCCACAGAGCUCCCCAAACUGCCUAAUGGUGCAGUUGACUUCAGCUUCUUCGGUCCUGACUGUUUCCAUUUCAGCGUGAAGGGUCAUGAGGAGUUGGCCAAGGGGCUGUGGAACAACAUGUUCCAGCCAGAGGGUGAGAAGGACAUCAUAGCCAGCCUGACCAAACCUAUCGAACUCAUCUGCCCCCAGAAGGACCACCCGUACAUAUAUGUGGGACCCCGGAAAGCUCCCCCUAGCCCUAGCCCUACCCCUGAAAACAGCGCUCCACAAGAACAAGCUCUCCUGACUCUAAUGGCGCUCGUCAGUUUUCUGGUUCUGUUCAGCUACUGAUUUCUUGAACUCUUUCCACCAUAAAAUCAACACUGCAAUGCCUCCAAUGACAAUAAACUCUUGAAUCUAA